AUGGGGGCCUUUGGGGGGGAGGGCCCCCAAGGCUGCUCUGACGCAGCAGCAGCAGCAGCAGCUGCUGCUGCUGCUGCUGCUGAUUUAUGCCCAGACGAAGAGGCUCCUUUGGCUGAGGAUGAAGAGGGUGAAGACACCACGACAGCAGCAGCAACCACAGCUGCCGCUGCAGCAGCAGCAGAAGCCGAAGCAGAAGCAGCAGCAGCAGCAGCAGCAAAUGCAUUUAUAGCAGCAGCAGCAGCAGGAAAGAGUUGUUCAGCAGACGAGUUAUUACAAUGGCCCCCUCGCUCUGUGUUAUGGCGUGAGAGAUCAGCAGCGGAGAUAUUAUCUGCUGCUGCGUUGCAGCAGCAGCAGCGGCAUCUGCAGCAGCAGCAGCCGCUGCACUGGCAGCAGCAGCAGCAGCUGCUGCUGCCUCUAGGAGAGCCCUUCAUAGAUGCAUCUCUUCGAGGGGGGUUCCCUAGUUGUAUGAUUGGUGAAGUAUGUGGGGUAGCAGGCAGCGGGAAGACACAGCUAUUAUUAUCUUUAGCAGCAGAGUGCUUGCUUGCGCAGCAGCUGCUGCAGCAGCAGCGUCAACGUCUCCUCCCUAACAGCAGCAGCAGCAGCAGCAGCAGCAGCAGCAGCAGAAGGGGGGGAAUUGUUUAUUACAUUUAUUCUGAAGGCGCCUUCCCUGCUGCUCGCCUGAAUGAAGUGGUGCAGCAGCGUUUGCUGCGGCGCUCUGCAUCAGCAGCAGCAGCAGCAGCAGCUCCACCAACAGCAGCAGCAACAGCAGCAGCAGCAGCAGAGGUGCUGCAGCAGAUAUACGUAGAAGAGAUUAACUGUGAAGAAGAGCUUGUCUCCUGUCUCCUUUAUAAGCUGCCUAGGCUUAUAGCGUGUAAGGGCCCUCUGUCUUUGUUAAUAAUUGAUUCUAUUGCUGCUGUGCUGCAGCAAGGCGCAGCAGCAGCAACAGCAGCAGCAGGCACUCCUGCUGCUGCUGCAGCAGCAACAGCAGCAGCAGCAACACGCAACACCAAACUCGUCAGGCUUGGUGCACUGCUGCGCCGUGUUGCAGCAGAGUGCUGCUGCUGCUGUCUCCUUACAAAUCAUGUUGCUGCAGUUGUUGCAGAAGCAACAGACCCCACACCCUUUGCUGCUGCUGCUGCUGCUGCUGCUGCUGCUGGAGAGCGGUGGCAGCAGCAGCAGCAAGACACCACUUGGUUGGCUGCUGAGGACGCUAAAAGGCGCAGGAUCGAGCAGCAGCAGCAGCAGCAGCAGCAGCAGCAACUAAUGCAGUGGCGGUCUCUAUCAGGAGACACAGCAUCAUCAGCAACAGCAGGAGAUGCAGCAGCAGCAGCAGCAGUGUCUGAAGCAGCACGCGCUGCUGCUGCUGCAGCAGAGCCACCACGAGACUUGCGUGCUGCACUCGGAGAGGUGUGGGGCAGCUGCCUCAAUUAUCGUUUCCUUCUAACGAGACUGUCUCCUCGCUGCAGCAACGAGGAGCCUGCUGCUGCUGCUGCUGCUGCUGUUGCUGCUGGAGGUGCUGCUGCGGGUGCGGGCGCGGAUGCAGAGUGUGCAGCUUCCGCUGCACUGCAGCAGCAGCAGCAGCAGCAGCAGGUGUACGAGCAGCUAACACGCAUGCGCUGCAUGCAUAUCCUCUUCGCCCCACACCUCCCCCCUACAGCAAUUCCUUUUGCUGUCACGGAGGCUGGAGUUGUUGAUGCUUAG